AUAUUAAUUCAACUGCGUGCACGCAAUCCCCAUCUUCCCCUCCUCAAUCGCCACCCGCAUCUCAUUCGGGUCUUCCCCGCGCUCAUUCAGCACCCAGACCAGCGUAUCGCCAAACGUCUCGCCAUUGUUCCGGAACCACUCGCCCAGCGACUGGAUGUACAUCUCCACAUGCUCCUUGAGCGGCGCGUUCUCGCGCAGCCACAGCACCUGCGCCGGAUCCAGCUUCAGCAUGUCCUGCACGACGUAGUAGUGCGGGAUCUCGUCGCCCCAGCCUUCCUGGCCUGGGUCGUGGAACAAGUCGUUGCGCAACCGGUAAUUGUAAGUGCUUUUCGCAGCGGGAUCGCUGGGAUGCGCCGUGUAGAACUCGGUGUUGUUUUCGCGGAAGUAUGA